UUAUUUUUUGCAUGCGUUUUAAAGCCUUGCCGGUUAAACAUUUUAUUCUCACACAGUUCUGACAUGUGCUUUUCUGAGCACAUACACUUGAAGUGCGUGAGUACUGAACCGUUAUCUUUCGCAUCUCAUUGUGCUUAAACUGACAAAUGCACACAAGGUUUACAUAAAUAGCCGAUUAUGUCUUAAGUGAAUAAACAGUUUGGAGAAAACGUUUCAGGUUACACAUGCAACCAUGGUUCCCUGAGAAAGGGAACAAGACACUGCGUCCGAAGACACAUUGGAGAAUGCCUCCGGCGUGACAGUGUCUGAAGCACGUGAUUCAACUCGACAAUAUCAUUGGCCGGCGACAGCCCGUGCAAUCCCUGGCUCGAUUGCUCAUGUCUGCCUUGCUGCUCAGAUUGGUUUGCGUUUGUAACUCCGUAUAGUUUUGUUUUGAAUCUCUUUUAUUCAUUGUUGCUUAUUUUUUUAUUUUAUUUAUUUUUUUAUUACCUUAUAUGUAAUAUUGCCUACCACACUAAUCUGACGUCACUAGCUUGUAAUCUUUGAAUCUAAAUCGCAGUUACAACGCAUUUGAAUUUGCAGCGCUAGCUUGUUAACUUGUUAACAGUCUCUCGCGCGCUCCUUUUUCAACGCGUUCUUCAAACAGCUGUGGUAAAUCGGAUCAGUCUACAAACACGGUGAGUCAUGUCAUCCUCUCCCAGCAUUGCUACCUGUUCCAUUUGCCACAUGUUUACCAUAGCUCUCUCUGUCAGCGACGAGGGAUUUACAUGUCAUAAAUGUAGGGAAAUAGUCAGGCUGAGAGAGAAUCUCAGAAUUAGAGACACGCAUCCAAACUUUAAUCGAGGAUAGUAAGAAUGCAAGGGCUUCAGAUACUGUUUUGGAUGCGACUAGCUUAGUGAACUCUGUACAUUGGUCGGUUCCGGCCGUAGAGCCCGCGCAGCAGGGCACUUGGGUAACGGUGAGACGGCCUAGCCGCGGAAAACACCACUCUUCCGUUCCAAUAAGAACAUCAAACAGGUUCUCCCCACUCAGUGAUACACCCACUGAGAAUCCUGUUGAAAGUGCCCUAGUUAUUGGCGAUUCUAUUACACGGAAUGUGAAAAUAGAGACACCAGCCACCAUAGUCACAUGUUUGCCGGGAGCCAGAGCACCUGACAUCAAAGCAAAUUUAAAAGUGCUGGCUAAUGCUAAUCGUAAAUACUCUAAGAUUAUUAUUCACGUCGGCACUAAUGAUGUUCGACUUCGCCAGUCGGAGAUCACUAAAAUUAACAUUAAAGAGGUGUGUGAACUCGCAAGUACAAUGUCAGGAGAAGUAAUUUGCUCUGGCCCCCUUCCUGUUCGUCGGAGUGAUGAGAUAGUUAGCAGAUUAUCAUCACUCAAUGGCUGGCUGUCUAAGUGGUGUCCGCAAAAUAAUAUAGGUUUCAUAGACAAUUGGAAAAGUUUUUGGGGCAGACCUGACCUGUUGAAAAGAGAUGGUAUUCAUCCCUCCCGGGAUGGUGCUGCUCUUCUCUCUAGUAAUAUGGCACAUAGUCUUAGAACUGAAACAUGACAAACUGGGGCCCAAGUCAGGAAGCAGACAGACUGGCUAAACCGACCAUCUGCUAGCUGCCUCACGUUACAGAAGUCAGAAAAUUCAGAUAACUCCCAACACAUAGAAACUCUUACACCUAGAUAUUUUCAAAUAGAGACUGUGUCUGUACCCUGAAUUAGUAAAAACAAAAAACUUCCAAACCCAUUUAAUGGUAAAAAUUUAAUUGAUGUUCAACAAAUAAAAAAUAGAGAUAAUAAUGCUAAACAAAUGAUAAAACUCGGGUUGUUAAAUAUUAGAUCCCUUUCUUCAAAAUCACUUAUUGUUAAUGAUAUUAUCAAAGAUAAUAAUCUAGAUGUGCGGUGUUUGACAGAAACUUGGCUAAAACCGGACGAUUACAUUACUUUAAAUGAGUCUAGUCCUCAAGGUUAUGAUUAUCGACACAAUGCCCGUCAGAAAGGCAAAGGGGGAGGUGUUGCUGUAAUCUAUAGUAAUAUUUACAGUAUUAGUCAAAAGUCUUUCAAAUAUAAUUCCUUCGAAGUAAUGGUACUUUACGUAACAUUAUGUAGGUUGACAUUUGUGCUGGCUACUGUAUACAGGCCACCAGGACACCAUACAGACUUUAUCAAAGAAUUUGCUGAUUUUCUGUCGGAGUUAGUAUUGGCUGCAGAUAAAGUCCUUGUUGUUGGUGAUUUUAAUAUCCAUGUAGAUAAUAAGAAAGACGCAUUAGGAUUGGCAUUUGCAGAUAUUCUAAACUCUAUUGGUGUUAGACAACAUGUGUCAGGACCCACUCAUUGUCGUAAUCAUACUUUAGAUCUAAUAUUGUCACAUAGAAUCGAUAUUGAUGCUGUUGAAAUUCUGCAGCAGAGUGACGACAUCUCAGAUCAUUAUCUAGUCUUGUGUAUACUACAUUUAGACAAGGCGGCUAAACUGCCUCCAUGCCAUAAAUAUGGUAGAACCAUCACUUCUACCACUAAAGAUCGCUUUAUAAAUAAUCUUCCUGAUCAGUUUCAUUGCCUUAGCAUACCAGAAAGCUUAGAAGACCUCGUUGUUGUAACAGAAACUAUUGCCUCUGUCUUUUCCAGCACAUUAGACUCAGUUGCUCCUUUGCGCUUAAAAAAGAUUAAGGAAAUUAAUCCAAUGCCAUGGUACAAUGAGCACACUCGGGCCCUAAAGUUAGCAGCCAGAAAAAUGGAGCGCAGCUGGAAGAAAACUAAACUAGAAGUAUUUCGCAUUUCGUGGAGAGAGAGAAUGAUUGAGUACAGAAAGGCCUUAAAAUCUGCUAGAUCUGCUUAUUUUUCAAAACUUUUAGAAGAAAAUAAACACAACCCUAGGUAUUUAUUUGAUACAGUGGCUAAAUUAACAAGAAAUAACUUCUGAUGUUUCCAAAGAGCACAGCAGUAAUGACUUUAUGAACUUCUUUACUUGCAAGAUUUAUAAUAUUAGAGAAAAAAUUAUAACCAUGCAACCGUCUAUUACAGUAUCGCGUCAGAUAGUGCAUUGUAGUGUCCCUGAGGAAAAAUUCAGUUCAUUUACUGCUAUAGGAGAGGAAGAAUUGUCUAAACUUGUUAAAUCAUCAAAAUCAACAACAUGUAUGUUAGACCCUAUACCGACUAAGCUAUUGAAAGAAAUGCUUCCAGAGGUUAUAGAUCCUCUUCUUAAUAUCGUCAAUUCAUCUUUAUCACUAGGAUACGUACCGAAAACUUUUAAGCUGGCUAUUAUUAAACCUCUUAUUAAAAAACCACAACUUGAUCCUAGAGAAUUAGUCAAUUACAGGCCGAUCUCAAAACUCACUUUUCUGUCAAAAAUACUAGAAAAGGCAGUAUCAUCACAGCUAUGUUCCUUUUUAGAAAGAAAUGGUAUCUGUGAGGAUUUCCAGUCAGGAUUUAGACCGUACCAUAGUACUGAGACUGCUCUCAUUAGAGUU